AUGGGGCCCCCGGGCAAUAGGGGAUCAUGGGGCCCCUGUGUCCUUGCCCAAACUCAAAAAAGUCUAUGAAAAAGGUACCAGGGGCAUCUCAUGGGGCCCCUAACAGACCCCGGGCCCUCGGGCAAUGCCCAAGUUUCCAAAUGGUCAGUCUGCCCUUGCUAAGGGCAGAAUGUCUGUAUGGAAACUCCAGCAUCAGGGCAGACUGACAACUCAUGGGGCCCCGGGCAAUAGGGGAUCAUGGGGACCAUGUGUCCUUGCCCAAACUCAAAAAAGCCUAUGAAAAGGUACCAGGGGCAUCUCAUGGGGCCCCCUACUGACCCCGGGCCCUCGGGCAGUGCCCAAGUUUCCAAAUGGUCAGUCCGCCCCUGC